UUUUCAUAUAGUAGCAUGUUUCUUUGUCACAUCACAGUGAUUAACCUUGUAGUUUUGUUUUCAGUUACGGUUGUGAAGUUUGGGCAAAUGAGUUCUGAUCUACUUGCAUAUGGCGCAUCAGAUGGUACCUUCACUGUAUGCACUGUCUCUGAUCCACCUGCAGUUCUCAACCAGUUAAUAGGGCAUUCAAAAGAUGUCACAGAUUUUGACUUCACAUCGAACAAUCAAUACAUUGCAUCAUCUUCAAUGGAUAAAACUGUGAGAAUAUGGGAGAUAUCCAAAGGCCUUUGCAUUCGGGUGAUUUAUGGAGUCUCUCCUCAACUUUGUAUUCGAUUCCAUCCUGUGAAUAACAACUUCCUUUCCGUUGGCAAUCCAAACAAAGAAAUCACUGUGUUCAAUUUCAGCACUGGGAGAGUAAUUAAUAAAACUGUCUUCGACAAUGAGGUUACUGCUAUGGACCAUGAUCACACUAGUCAGCUUAUUUUCUGUGGGGAUGCUCAGGGAUGUGUAUACACAGUUUCUAUGAACUCACACACAGGCGUACUGUCCCGGUCUCAUCACAAUCGGAAUGGAAGCAAACGCAAAUCUCCUGUCACAACUGUGUAGUAUAGAACCUUUUCUCUGCUGGCAUGAGGCCCUGUGUUGCUGACAUUUACUCAAGAUGGAAGUCUUAGUUGUGAAGCAUUGAUGAGGAAAUCGCAUUUUGGAUUUUUUAGUGUUUCGUUGGAGAUACAAGGUUAUUUGACUCUUCGAUGCUCACUAAAAUUGGCUCCACGACUACACAGUAUUCGAGCUUCCUUCUGCCCUCUGCUUUCCCUUGAAAAAGGAGAAUUCAUAGUUGCUGGAAGUGAGGACGCAAACGUCUAUUUCUAUUACUUAACUCGGCCAAGGCAUGCAUGUGUAAACAAGCUGCAGGGACAUGGUUACCCCAUUAUAGGUAUUGCUUGGAACCAUGGAGAGAACUUGUUGGCUUCGUCUGAUUUUGGUGGCACAGUUAUCAUAUGGAAGGGAGCUAAGACAGGUUGAGAGAGAAUCAUUUUCGGAGGUAAAAGUUUGAAAUCAAACUAAUGGAAUGUCAAAGGAACUUUAAUUUUGUUUGUGAAUUUGCCAUUUUUUGUGGAAAUGGGAACAAAUUUAUUUGUGUUGUACAAGAAUUUUACUGUCAAAUUGUAUUGGACUGUUUAGGAAGCUGAACAAUCGCGAAUUGAAUUUAUUUCUUUGUAUUUUUGCAUUUACAACUCGAUCGGGACUUGAAAUCAAUUCUUUGUAAUAUUUAUGUACACUCAGAUACAAUUGAUCA